GUAUCGUUCAGGCUUGUACCGAACGAUUGGGCAGCACUAACUUGCAGUUCUAUAAAUUAAACGAAAACGCAAUAAUUAUUGCGAAUAAUUGAUGUGCCGAUGAUUUAGUUAUAGUUCUAACUACAAAGCAAUUAAAAGUGUUCAACGUAUUGUAUACAAUAAAAAAGUUACUGAAGAGUAGACGUAAAACAAUUCAGAAGUGUGUGAGUGUAUAUGUGUGUAGUGUUUUUUGUUUGUUCAUUGGGGCGGGAGUGCAGGUGCAUUGUAAACUAUUUUUCAUAAUAACCGCAGUCGGAAAUACCAGACGUUUAGUUGUUGCGUUGCAAAAAUGCAUAAAAUUAGCAAUACGGCGCUAGCGUUCACUCUAGUGCUAUAUGCCUCAUUGCAUACAGUUUAUUGUAAACAUGUUGUUAUUACCGCGCCACAACAUGCGCUGAUCGGCUCCACGGUAAAUGUAAGCGCUACUCUAUACGAUGGAAGGAAUAUUGCCAACAAAGGUACCUAUAGCUUCAGCUGGAAGGAUAACGCUGGGCAUACGAAGGAAUUUGAAACAUCGGAGCCAUUCAGCAAUUGGACUUUCAAUUAUGCUAACGAUAUAAGCAAUCUGGGAGAUCAUCGUUUAGAAGUGAGUGUAUCAGAGGAGAAGUUUAUAGUUUGGUUUCCAGUUGCCGAAAGCACAGUUACUAUCAGUGUAGUCAACACACUCAGCGGCAGUUUGGAACUUAUACAGAAUGAUAAGGUGCGGAUAAAGGACUUUGUAUCCACGCAGGAUUUAGUUAAACAUAGAAUUGAACUAUGGCAAGCGGACUUGGACUUUUUGAUAAGCAAUCAUUACUAUAUCAAUACUUACUGGUUCAAGAACUGUACAUAUCUAGGAAUGUCACAUGUCUUCGAGUUUGAAGAUAUAUAUUCAGUGCCCGAUCAAUAUUAUAAUAUUGAGGCUCUUGUGGUAGCAUCGCCAGAUCCUCUGCCAGAGCCAACAACAUCUACAACAACAACCACUACAACCACAACGACUACUACUACAACGACAACCACCACGCCCGCAACUACAACUACAACGACAACAUCCACGUCCACUUCUACAACACCAGCCACAACAUCAACAACACCAAGCACGACAUCAACAACAACCCCAGCAACAACAUCGACAACAACAUCAACGACACCAGAAACGACAACUAAGCCUUCGCGGUCUAAGCGGGACGUUAACCAAACGAUGCAUGCAAACGCCAAGCUGCUUGGUCUAAAUCUUGCAGCCGCUGUUAAGCAGGAGCUACAAAAGCAAAACAUCACCGGAGCUACAUCUGUUGCCCUGUUCAAUCCGUUGGGUGUGCGGAAGCUGAAACUGCUGCCUGUUGCAGCUCCGCCGCACACUUGCAUAGACGGCAAAGUUGUUGCCCAGGAUGCGAGCAAGAUGUACGGUUACUUUAACCGGCGAGUUGUCUCGAAGACGCCCAUCUCUGGUUUUAGCACUAGCGGUAAAAACUGGGUGCAGCAUUGGGAGCUGAUUAAUUUACAAAUCACCUGCAAAGGCUCCCCGCCGUACGAGGUGUGCACUCAAUACUACAAUGCGCCAUACAAUGCUACGGGCAACGAGACGUGCAGCAGCUAUGACAGUUUCGAUAAGUGUGAUUUUAACUUCGCUCGUUAUUUUGCUGACAGCAAGACGAUUCUGUUUUUCAUCCGCAAUGAGGUCUCGGCAACUCUAAAUCAAGUUACCGUUAACAUCUAUGAAGCAAAGCGACAGUCGCAGCUAUCCGUUGUCGUGGUGCCCAUUGCCUGCACCCUUGUGGCCGUUUGUUUGGUCAUUUUUGGUGUCGCCUAUUAUAUGCAAAGUCGAAAUCGCUUUACGGUGGAAGUGGCUGAUUUCAAUUUUGGUGAUACCCAGUCAGUGGAUAUGGAAUACAAGACAUUCCAGCAGCGUUUGAUCGACAGCAUACGCGAUGCGUGGCCAUGGCCCCGGUGGCGUAGGUAUUCGCAGUCAAGCACGGAUCUCAUGGCCGAACAACCGUCUAACCCCGGUAGCUUUGGCGGAAAUGUUGGCGACGUUGACAGCAAUUUGCGCUAUAAUACUUUUAACUAAAGGCAAACGUAAUUGCUUUAUUGUUAUUAUUUAAUCAAUUUAAUUUAAAUAUUCAACAUAGUUUAUAA